GAGUUACUGGUCUCCUUCAACAUGCAGGCUGAGGGAAACGUGGCAACGGUGAACGAGAAUAAUAGAGGCCAAACCACCGUGCUUUCUAUCUCGUCUGAGCUCAUGCGUAAGCACUACAGUCGGUUUCCGGAGUUGCUGCUGGUGGAGUGCACCCACAAGACCAACCGGUAA